GUGAAUUUUCUUUGAUUCUCAUUCAUCCUUUAGAAUACAAAACAUCUGUAUCCAGACUGCACAACAAUCAACAACGAUUUUGUUUCCUGCUCAUUUCUAAACAUCAACAUUUACGUCACCCAUAUGGUUUCGUUGGGCUGAUUUGUUCAUUGACAACAACGAAGGGGCUUGGGCAUUUCGCAGACUGAGAUGGAUCAAAUUGCAGGUUGACAUAUUCUGGUUUUCUGUGGAUAAACUCUAAAUAUCCAGCACCUCUUGGGUUCUUUUCUGGAGCAGACUUGAUCCAAAGCUGACGAAGCAAAAUGGCAUGCAGACGGUGUUAUUUUUAUUACCCACGAACUUCUCUGGAAAACAGAAGUGGUAUUUCCAUCGAUCCUCUAAGUGUGGAAGGCGAUAUUCCUGGAAGUGAGGCAGGAGCUUCUUUAGACAACUCAACAAUUUAUCACGAAGGAGCUGUAACUCAUAGCUCAUCAAUUAGUCCGGACCAGUAUGACCAUCCAUCUUACAGUUUAUAUUCUGUGUCCCCUGGUCAGCGGUCACGCAGACCAAAGCUCCAGCACUGUACUUCUAUUCUAAGGAAGCAUGCCGAGGAGGAAGCCAUUAAAAGAUCAAGAUCACUUUCAGAGAGCUAUGAACUGUCUUCAGAUCUUCAGGACAAGCAGGUGGAGAUGUUGGAACGUAAAUAUGGAGGUCGCCUCAUAACUAGGCAUGCAGCUCGCACAAUACAGACUGCUUUUCGUCAGUAUCAGAUGAACAAGAACUUUGAGAGAUUGAGAAGUUCAAUGUCAGAGAAUCGAAUGUCCAGACGUAUUGUUUUAUCCAAUAUGAGAAUGCAGUUCUCCUUUGAAGGACCCGAAAAAGUACACAGCUCCUAUUUUGAAGGAAAGCAGGUGUCACUUAGUAAUGAUGGGACCAAGCUGGGGCGCCUUGUCAAGUCUGAAUCUGGGGAUCUAGGUGAACAAACCUCCUUGAAAUCCCCAGCACCUUCCACCGACUUUGCAGAUGCUAUAACUGAGUUAGAAGAUGCUUUUUCUCGACAAGUGAAGUCUCUUGCAGAAUCAAUUGAUGAUGCACUAAACUGUCGUAGUUUGCAUGCAGAUGAUGGACAGACUUCUGAUCAAAUUCGAACUCGUGAAUUGGAAAGAAAUAGUUCUACUCAAAUUAAACCAGUGCAUAAUUUAGAUCACAGGAAACUUGAUGAAAUUACUGCAUCCUAUAGUGAUGUAACAUUGUAUAUUGACGAGGAAGAGCUUUCCCCUCCUCUUCCUCUUUCACAGUCUGUGGAUAGACCAUCCAUGACGGAAUCUGACUUAAGACUUAGGUCAAUGAACUCCUCACAAGAGUAUUGGUCCAUGACACACAAAGAAGAUAAGUUAGACACCGAUACAAGCUGUCGAAGUACACCAUCACUGGAGUCUCACGAUCAUCGAUCAAGAAUUGAUCAUCUACCUUUACUCACCAUUGAGCCUCCUAGUGACAGUUCUGUUGACUUAAGUGAUCGUUCAGAAAGAGGCUCAAUAAUAAGGCAAACAGCAUAUGAGCGGUCAAUUCAGAGUCAACAAGGAAGCCCCAAACAUAUUGGGCAUAUACCAAGUAAAAUUAUAACUCGUGAGGAUGAACAAUCACGCAAUAGGGGCAGACCUAUAGAGGCUCAAUUAAUUAUCAAUGGCAGUGUGAACAGGCAGAGUAAAUCGGAAUCAGAUUAUUCAGAUGGUGAUAAUGAUAGCAUCAACAGCACUUCAAAUUCUAAUGACACAAUAAACUGCAGCUCAGAAUCUUCUAGAGACAGCUUGCGAGAGCAGACUCUAAGCAAACAAACAUACCACAAAGAGACACGGAACAGCUGGGAUUCUCCUGCCUUCAGCAAUGAUGUCAUCAGAAAACGGCAUUAUAGGAUUGGCUUGAAUCUUUUUAACAAGAAACCUGAAAAAGGGGUUCAGUAUCUGAUUGAAAGGGGAUUUGUACCUGAUACUCCAGUUGGUGUGGCACAUUUUCUCCUGCAAAGGAAAGGACUCAGCAGGCAAAUGAUUGGAGAAUUCCUAGGGAACAGACAGAAACAAUUCAACAGAGACGUAUUAGAUUGUGUUGUGGAUGAAAUGGACUUCUCAGCAAUGGAAUUAGAUGAAGCCCUUAGGAAAUUUCAGGCUCAUAUUCGAGUUCAGGGAGAGGCACAGAAAGUAGAGCGACUAAUUGAGGCAUUUAGCCAGAGGUACUGUAUCUGUAAUCCUGGAGUUGUGAGACAGUUUCGAAAUCCAGACACCAUCUUCAUCCUGGCUUUUGCAAUCAUCCUUUUAAACACAGACAUGUACAGUCCUAAUGUCAAACCUGAACGCAAGAUGAAAUUAGAGGAUUUUGUCAAAAAUUUAAGAGGUGUAGAUGACGGCGAAGACAUUCCACGAGAAAUGCUGAUAGGGAUUUACGAGCGAAUUCGCAAACGUGAGCUCAAAACCAAUGAAGAUCAUGUAUCCCAAGUACAAAAGGUUGAGAAACUUAUUGUUGGAAAAAAGCCGAUCGGAUCCUUACAUCAUGGACUUGGUUGCGUGUUGUCUUUACCACAUCGCAGGCUUGUAUGUUACUGUCGUCUCUUUGAAGUUCCAGAUCCGAACAAACCACAAAAACUCGGUUUACAUCAGAGAGAAAUCUUCCUUUUUAAUGAUCUGCUUGUGGUUACAAAAAUCUUCCAGAAGAAAAAGAAUUCUGUAACUUAUAGUUUCCGACAGUCAUUUUCCCUCUAUGGCAUGCAGGUCCUCAUGUUUGAAAAUCAAUACUAUCCAAAUGGUAUUCGACUUACAUCUGCCAUUCCCGGGGCAGAUAUUAAAGUGCUGAUCAACUUCAAUGCACCAAAUCCUCAGGAUCGCAAAAAGUUCACAGACGAUUUGAGAGAAUCAGUUGCUGAAGUGCAAGAAAUGGAAAAAUACAGAAUAGAAUCGGAAUUAGAGAAACAGAAAGGGGUUGUGCGACCCAACAUAUCCCAGUGCUCAAGUCUGAAAAAAGAAUCUGGAAACGGUGCACUGAACAGGACUUGUCUCGAUGACAGCUACGCCACAGGCGAGGGGCUAAAACGCAGUGCACUUAGCAGUUCACUUAGAGAUCUCUCUGAAGCAGGCAAGCGUGGUCGGCGCAGCAGUGCAGGAUCGCUAGACAGCAAUAUGGAAGGGUCCACCAUUAGCAGUCCCCACAUACGCAGACGAGCCACUUCUUCUCGAGAAUGUCCAUCUCGCCAGAGUAUACCUAGCUCCUCCUCUCUGUUAGGGUCAUUGUUUGGCAGUAAGAGGGGGAAGCCAUCUUCCCAAGGCCACUUAAUUCCUGGAUCAUCCGUACAGAAACAUCCUACAUUGAUCUCACAUCAACAGCACCCCACUAGUCACCAUGCAGGACCAGCAGAUGUGCAGACACAGGCACAAGUGCAUGCGCAGUAUUGCCACAUGCAGCAGAACCCCCCACCAUACCACCACCACCAUCACUUUCAUCCACCUCAUCAUCUUCAGCAACACCCUCCACAGUAUCAUUCACAUCCAUCCUACAUCCAGCAUGCCCAUUCCUCACAAAUUCCCCUGCCAUCUUCACAUUCUUCACAUCCUCCCCUGCCACCUGCACACUCCACUCACUCCCAGCAUUCAUCACACCAUCAUUCUCAGUCCCUUACAUCCACUUCUACAAGCACCAAACCCAAACACAGCGGGAUUAGCACAAUAGUUUAAUAGAACAUUUAACUCUAGUGGAACGUUUAUUAAAUGGCACAGUGCAGCAAAUUGAAACCCAAAUUGCAGUUUAGACUAAAACAGCUGGUAUUGGAUUUUUUUUUUCCCAUAUCAAGUAUUUUAGUCUAUAUAUUGCCAUUUGGAUUUCACUUCUCUACAGUUUGAAAUUUAAAUGAAAACAUGAACUGAUAAAUGCCUUGGCACUUAUAUGUAUUCACAUUAAAAAAGAGGAAAUCCCACAGCUAACCAUUUUCUUUUCGGGAAAAUUUUUAUUAUUUAAUAACAAAAUAGAAUGGAAUUUCAAAUCACACUAUGUAUAACAUAUGUAAUUGAUUGCACAUUAUUGCAAGGUAAAUAAUAAGUAAAUAUUAAGUUGUUCUUAUAUCUAAUUAUUAUAUAGACGGUUUGCAUGAACUUCUAGAUAUCUUGAAUAAUUGGACUUGGCAGUAAACCAUUGAAUUGCUCCAUUCUAGCAAUAGUGACUCAAAAAAACUUUCACAUUAUCUUAAAAGUAAAAUUAUGAGGGUUAGGGGAGAAUCCGUUCUGUAGAAACCGUAUUUUUCCUUAAGUAGUCUUUGCACUUAGAAUCUUCUGGCAGUCCAAAAUGUGCCAAUUAUCUUAGCAUUUCCUGAAACUUUAGCAAACAAUUUUUUCUUGCAUACACACUUAAUUCAUCUUACUUUAAUAAUAAAGUAACUUAUAGACCAGUAUUACUAUGCUUAUAUUUCAGGUAAGCAGUCUAGUUAACAUUGAUGCAAUUAAAAAUGAAAAGACAGCCGGUGACUUAUGGUUGUAAAAGCAUCAAUAGAAUACUACAUCUGGAACACUAUAAUGGCUGUAAGAACUGUGAAUUUUUCAUUAUGUACUUUUUUAUAUACACAUACAGUUUGUGAACACACACAUAAAGUUCUGUGACUUCAAAAUCCAUCCCUGACACAAAAUUCAUUGCCAUUGUAGAAAAUAUUUUCUUGUCAUCAUAACAUUUGAUUUUGAAUAUAUGAUUAAAACAUUUAAAACCUUUUAUAGCAGAGAAUGUAUUUUAAAACUUUUUUAGCACUCCUCUCAUCCUUGUUUGAAAAUUGUCUUAUUUUUGAUUGGUUAUGUUACCACUAAAGAGAGAUUUCAGUCUCUCCAACUGUGAGAUUAUUUGUGAUCUGAAUUGGUCUGUGUGUGUUAUUUACUGUACACUAUGUCAUGUUACAGUUUCCUUUUUUUUUUUGUGUUUCCAAUGAUGGCUAUUGUGAAGUUAAAUUACCUCAGACAACAAGAUCUGUUUCAUAAUUUAUUGCAGAUUAAGAUAAUCUAUAGAUGUGACACUUUUCAUUGACUAGUAAAAACCCAUAUCUGUGUCAUUUAUUAUUCUUUCUAUUCCUUGUCGGCUUACUAUAUAACCAAUAGACCAGCAACCAAGCACUUUCUCUAGCUCAAUGUAGACACUUUUGUCUUACUAUCAUAUAUGUGUAGCAUUUAUUUUCUCUGUUAUUCUAAAUAAUGUAUCAUUUGCAUCUUACAUGUAUUUAAAUAAAUAGAAAACACAGAUUUACCUCCUAGGAUAUAUUUACAAGUAUGUAUAUGACGUUUCCAUACUUGAACAGGGUGGGACUUGCAGGUUCUGAGUUCCCCGGGCACCUACUUAUACCAUUCAUAUUUUGCAGUGCAUUCAAGAGUGCAGGAAGACAACAGGAUACCUUUAUUUAAUAUAGAUCUUUAAAAACUGAGCAAGCAAUGACAAAACAGAAGGGGCAAGAUUAGAGUGGACCUGUCAAACAUACUUCCAUAGUGCAUUCAGAUUCUCAGAAUGGUGUGCAUGUGGUCGCAUGCAUUGCACUCUGCGAGCAUGUGCAAGGCAUUACUUAUACCUCUAUGCCUCCAUGUCCAUGGCUUAUAUAACAACAUCAAAUUGUAUCUAUAUAUUUGGCUACACAAUGAAUAGUAUAAUAUGCAGAUAUACCAUGACAAAUUUAUACAAUAUAUACAGACACACUUCAAAAGGAGAUAGCUUGACCAAGAUGCUUAAAUAGCAAGUACAGUAUUGGAAAAUGUUCUGUUUAUGUUUGAAGAUUACAAAAUACUAUUUAAUGCAGUCAAAUUUACAUUAAAACAUAACGUGGGCCUUCAGCCCUGGGCUGGUGACGUAAAUGUGUAGGUUGCUGUCCCCCAUGUAAUACAAAGGAUUAUCUCAUUAAAACUGUAUGUUCCUUGAGCCGUAAUUGAGCCGUUGUUUUUCUCAAUCUAAAAAUUGCUGUUGUAAGGGAAAAUAAAAUUGUUUUGCAUGUCAUCUAAUGUUAUUAUUCUGAAUCUACAUUCUAAAUAUUGUAUAUUUGCAAUAUAUAUUAGUAUUAUUGUUCAUAUUAGCUGAAGUAAAGUGUAAACAUAUUUGAAUAUGUAGGCUUUUCUUCUUACCUCUGUACCUAUUGGUGAGAUUAACUGUAAUUUAUAGAUUGCUCCAGGAAUGAUGAUCUUUCUUUUUACCAUUCUAUUUUUCCUCAACUUAAGUCUUACGUUACGAGUAAUUACGUCAGUUUCAAUAAUGAUUAAUUAAGUAUAGAAAGUAUAACACAAUAAAAAUUAACUUGACUAAAAAGUUAGUUCAUUAUAUCAUGGAAACGUGGAAGGAUUCGCUAUUGAUUCUUAUAAUGUAACUGACAACAUUUACAAACUGUUUUAUCGAAGAUAUUAAUCUAUCAGGCCUGAUCAAAAUGUGCAGUAUGUCCAGAUUAUGGUGCUUGAAGAUAUUUUCCACUUAUGUUCUUUCCAAUCAGGUACAUGUUUCCUGUUUCAGGGUCCCAACACAAAGUAAAUUAUUUCUGAUUUCAUUGACACUAUAGUCACCAGAACAACUACAUUUUCAGAGAAAAUGCAGUGUUUACAUUACAACCAAUCAAUAACUUUACUGGCCACUCCUCAGAUGGCUACUAGAGGUGCUUUCUGGGGCAGUGCUGCAUACUAAACAAGUACUGCCUGUCAGUACACCCACCCUCUGGCCACUCUCUGCGUGCAGACACUGAACUUUCCUCAUAGAGAUGCAUUGAUUCAAUGCAUCUCUAUAAGGAGAUGCUAAUUGGCCAGGGCUGUGUUUGGCUUGUGCUGACUCUGCAGGCAUAUCAGGGGGCAGAGCCAGCAGCUGCAGACUUAAAUAGAAGUAAGAAUUUACUAUAUUUAAGCAGUGACCGGGGGGGUAGAUGUUUGUGUUCCUGACUCUAUAGUGUUCCUUUAAGUUUUAAACAAUUCCAAAAAUAUUACUGCAAAAAUAACACUUUUACUGUAAUGAGAAAGUUUAUCAUGUAGAGCUUAGUGAGCAGAUUGUAUUGUUUGUAUGAUCUGCAUGUGGAUGUGUAUAUUCUGUAAACCUUAUUUAAAAAAAAAAGCAGAAAUUAAUAACAAAACCUUGGUACACCCAGGGCCAGAUUAAAAAUAGGGGCUAAUGAAGCCAAAGCUUUUUACUACUCUUCACAUGCUCUUGCUUUGUGCAGAGGGAAUUGGGUAGGUGAACAAUGCCAAUGUGGACUGGCUGAUUAGAAAAUAGUUAACAAAACUGUCCACUGUGCAAAUGCUUUUGCUGCUUCAGUCUACAGUGUAAGAUAUUCCCUCAAUACAUUCUUAUUUUUCUCUUUCCCAGACUGCUUACCAGGAGCUACUGCUUGCUAGUAAGAAGGGAAGGAGAGAGUGGACAUGUGAGUGCUGGGGAACUGUCCCCGCAAAGUGUAGAGUGAGCGCGUCAUUAGAUGUACUAUCUGCAUAAUACGUCCUUAGCUGGCAGGCCUGCGUCAUUGACAUUCACUGGCCUUCUAAUUCUUCAGACAGGUCUGCCCCUUUGAGCAGUGCUAGUUACGUUGUUCUCCUCCUUUUACACCACCCACCAGGUUCUCGCUUCAGAGCCUGUCAAUUUUUGGGGUAUGUGUGACACCUCGACCGGGUACCUCAGUCAAUCGCUGCUUCCUAGUACUUGCGAGGACUGUAAACCCCACGAACUGCCGCAGCUUGGUUGAGGUCUCGUUGUCCUACACCCACCCCGGACUGAAGACCAGGAUCUAGCUUCCAGUAGGUAGACCUCUGCUAGUCCAGAGAGUGUAGUAGGAACAGCUCUUACAAGAGCUUAUUGAUUAUACUAAGGGGAGUAUAGUGAUUAUAGCUAUCCCCAGAGUGAAUGUAGUUCUCUAAUCCCCCAAACAUGAGCCUAGACUUCAUGAAGGGUAAAACAAGUGUGUUUAAUGGAAGCCACAGCUGGCCUUUUAUGCAAGUCCCCAAGCAAGGUAAACGUCCACAUGGACCUUGUGGGGGACAGGGACACAAAACUUACAAACCAAUCAGAACUGUAAUUAAAUGUACGACACUCCCACACACAGCACACAAUCGCUCCCCUGUGCAUGGGAGAUAAUUGAGUAAAGUACAUUAUGUAACUCAAUUAUCUCAAGGCAAAAAAAAAAAAAAACAACAUAUUUUAUAAAGUCUCAUAAGUACCCCAAAACACAACAUAAAUGAUAGCCCUGAUCUGGCUGAACAACAUAUCCAAAAAUCACCCAGAUCAGAGCAGGGGUUCUGGAAAUUCCUGGAAGUCUUAUUUUUGACCCACCGUGCACAUGGUCCCAUGCCCAAAACAGUUCCAGAGAAUUAGGGCUAACGGUCAGUCUCUCUGUCAGGAACAGAGCCUUUUCAAGUGCAUUGUGCAAGGUAUAUUGCAGGGCCCAUAGUCCUAAGGUAAGAGGCUGGCCAGCAGCCCCCUCCAAGAACCCUUGAUGAGGUUCAGUUUGUCACAGGGCCAUCAUGUGAAUUUCCCACCACCUCCACCAGAUAUAAGACAAUUGGGAGGUAUGGCUGUUUUCUGUUGAUAAGAUUAUGUAAUAAGGCCCACAUCAUUUUCAGCACCAGGCCCAAAAGGCUCUUAAUCCAGCCUGGGUAGCCCCAAAACAGUUAAAAAGGAACAUUUGUGCUAUUUGUUUAGUUCACUAUUAUCAUCAAUGUGUUAAUACUUUUUUUUUUACUUUUUUUUUUUUUUAAAUAAAUGUAAUUAGUAAGGAAAAAGAAAGAUCUUUCCUGGAAUAAUCACCUAAUGUAUGUGUACUUUUUAAGUUAAGAAUGAAAUGUACAAUGUUAAACAAUAAGAAAUAUACUGUCCAUGUAUUGUAUUGCAAACAAACCACCUCCAUACAUAAGACAUAUAGAAUGGAGUCUCAUGGUGCUGCAUGCAGCAGAUCAGCAAAUAUUUAUACUCAUUUGUAUAGUUCUCUUCCACAAUGUGGCUGUGUUUUAUGCAGUUCCGCAUGCAUACGGUCAGGUUCUCAUUGUAAAAUACCAUUGCACUUGUUGCCUGCAAAUAAAGUAAUUGCAUUGUAAAUAAAUAUGGAAUGAAUAGACAGAGGGACACAGAGUGCGGAUGACCAUUUAGGAGUUAGGUUACUGAAAUUUGUACAUAGAGUGUAAAUUACUAUUUGCAGUCAUUCUAAGGUUACAAACCGCAGCUAGCUCUUAUUUAAAUAAUGUAUUGCAGAAUAUAGUAGAACUGGUUCCUGGAAGUAGACUGUUAAGAGAGCCCAAAUACAAUGAAUAAUGGGGCCAAUAAUUAUUUUGUAAUUACAGGACAAAACUAGUGCUUUCAUUAAACGCAUAGUAACAAACCCUAUCAAUGUACAACUAUAACUGUGAUCAUGUGGACAAAUGAAAUAAACAGCAAACGUAAAACAA